GUCAUGACUUCCUCCUGGGGCUCCGGCUGCAGCGGCGGCGUCGGCGUCGGGCUGCGGGGAGGCCAGCGCGGCUAGUGCGCUCCAGCGCUCCGCCACCGGCUGCGGGAGGAGCGAGGCCGUCCGCGCCCCGCCGCCCCCGGAGCCCCCUGCCUCGCCUCGCCUUGCAAGAUGAGCGCCGGGCACGUCGUCUGCACGGGCUGGCUCAUCAAGUCGCCCCCGGAGAAGAAGCUCAAGCGAUACGCUUGGCGAAAACGCUGGUUCGUCUUGCGCCAAGGGCGAAUGAGUGGGAACCCUGACGUUCUAGAGUAUUAUCGAAACAGCCAUUCCAAGAAGCCUAUCCGGGUGAUAAACCUUAAUGAAUGUGAGGUGGGGAAACACUCGGGGUCAAACAUCAUCAAGAAAGAAUUCCAGAACAACUUCGUCUUCAUUGUGAAAACAACUUCCCGCACUUUCUACUUGGUGGCCAAAUCUGAGGAAGAAAUGCAAGUGUGGGUGCACCACAUCACCCAGAUCUGUAACUUCGGACAUUUGGAAGAUGGAACAGAUUCGGGGGACAGCCUGUCCCACACCACUUCCUCCCCACAGCCCUCGCCCGCUGCUUCUGCCCAUGCCUUGAGGAUUGCAGACCCAAAUUUAUCUGCUGAUCAGGCCGCCACUGACACCUCCGCUGCAGAGGAGACCGCAAGCGAGUCCGAGUCUGUUUUCCUACCGGACUAUCUGUUCUUGUCCAACUGUGAGACCGGCAAACUCAGCCACGUUAGGUGCCACAGCUGGUCCAAUUCUGAUCGGUCCUUGGAACAGACUUCAUCAGAUGACGUUUUUGUCGACUUUGUGGCCUCUCAGCCCUCAUUGUAUUUGCAGCCAUCGGGCAGCCUGCUGCAGGAGAUGACACAGCCUGCCAGUCUCGGAGUCCUUCCCAGGAGUACAGACACAAACAGGCCUUCUUCCAGCGAUUUUUCUUCUUCCUCUCCACUGUCAGGACCCCCCUUAACACCAACCUUUCUGGGUGAUAAAAGCCAAACUGCUCUUUCCUAUGGCAUGCCUGAACUCGACAUUCUGGCCAACACCCCGCCGCCCAGGCCUCCAAAGCCAACACACUUCUCGGACAGAAGGCCUGAGGAGCAGCCCAGCGGACUGCUUCUCAGUGGACAUGUGAGGAUCUGUCCUGCCCAAGGGGCCUUGGUGCCAAGAAGGAUCUCCUUGUCUGGCUUGGACACCAUGCGGAACUGGAGAGCUGACAUGGAAGAAAACUCUUUAAGAAGCAGGGAUAAGCGGCUUAGCUUGAAUUUGCCAUGUCGGUUUAGCCCGCUCUACUCCUCCCUGUCGGACAGUUCUGAGGACAGUUACGUGCCCAUGCACCCCAGUGCCUCCCCACCCAUCGCAGGAUCAGAUUGCACCCCCGAUGGCUACAUUCCCAUGAGCCCGGGCUCAGCUACAUUUACUUUCCCUUCAGUCAGCGCUGAAAAACGCUCCAGCCCUCUGCCAGAACUCCCAACAGAUCUGGAGCCGCCCCCAGUGAACCGGGAUCUCAAGCCUCGUCGGAAACCACGACCGCCUCCGCUGGAUCUGCGAAACCUCUCCACCAUCAGGGAACACGCUGCCUUGACCAGAACGUGGACUGUGCCUUACAAUCGAACAAGCUUUAUCUCUCCAGAAAGAGACUGCAUUAAUUCAGCCAGGAUCUUUGCCAGUUCAAUUUCCGGAGAAGAGGAAGAAAGCUACAUUCAAAUGGAGCACCGGCAAGCGACAUCUCCAUGCAAUGGGGCUUUCCAGUGGCCAAAGAAGUUCAGCCUUGAUUAUUUAGCAUUAGAUUUUAAUUCUGCUUCCCCGUCGCCUGUACAAAAGAAGCCCUUUCUCUCUGAAGAACAAAGAGUGGAUUACGUCCAGGUGGAUGAGCAGAAAACUCAGGCCCUCCAAAGCACCAAACAGGAAUGGACAGACGAAAGGCAGUCCAAAGUGUGAAGGAGCGGGGGCGCUCUCUUUGUUGGUUUAAUGUUGCACAUUUAAAUCUGGAAAGUUUCAUUCUUCCACUGCAGCAAUGAAGUGUGGAGGAUUCCGGCAGCCUGCACAGAAACCGCCAUCGAGAAGUUGCUUUGCUUUGGAAGGAGCACGUCUGUUUUCUUUCAAAGGAUGGAGCUGAAACCUAUCAAAAUGGCACCUAUCUCAGUCAGCCCUUCCCAUAAACAUCUAUGGUACCAUUUCACACCCGUUGAGCCUCUGUAGACACUUAAUGGGAACAGAAGCCUAGUUCUGCCUCAUUGAGUCCUGUAAUUACAAACAACCACUGUUUUGGGUUUUUAAAAAAAUAUUCCUAUCUAUUUAACAGAUGCUGCCACUGUAGUUGCAUCUGAUACUGACAGAUAUUGGGGGAAUAAGGGCUAAAUGUUAAAGAAACCAUAUAAAAGACCUUGGGGGAGAGACCUCCCUGGGUAUCCAGUACUUGACUUUCAUUUACCUUCUGGGAAAGUGUAAAUAAACAGGACUUUUCACUGGUGAAAACAGGACUCGUCAUCCGUUUCAAGCGUUAUCUCUGCAGACAGGUACCUGUCAUCUUCAACUCGCCCCCUCUGCUGCGUUGGCUUCCCAGUUGUCCUUCAUACCUUUUGUUUUGAAGCCUCAGUGCUGCAACGAGCUGUUUUAACUGUAGCAUACGCACCCUCGUGUUGGCAGCCUCCUGACUCCUGAGUCCUUGCUUUCGAAAGAAAUAAAGGGAAGCAGCAACGCUACUUUUGCAAGGCCGCACACGAUCGGCAAAGCAUUAGGAAAGAAUCGUCAGAACUGCAGAAUAGAAACUUGCAGUUGGAAUUCCCGAGGACUCUAAUCCAGUUUCUGGAUCUCAGUAAAUGUGACACUGUUCCAGGUUGCAGUUUGAAGAACUCACGAAUGCUACAACAUGACUGGAACAAAUCUUAUCAUUCAGGCCUUUAAACAUUCAGUUAUUUUAUUUCACAGUUAGCCUUCUUUUAAUAAAAUAACAUGACCUCACUUGGACCUCCCUAACAUAUGGAUGGGUGGUAGCAGUUUUUGCUUUUGUGCUGGUUUUUGCAGGCAGUGACCAUAGGUUAGCCUGGUCCUGACAUGCUUCGGUCCUGCAAACCUGGUACUGCUUAAAGUGCAGCAGUUGACUCUGCUUGCCCACAUUUGGUUUGGCUCCUUUAUUUUUCUGGCAAAGCUCCUGUGCUGGCAAUUGUUUUGCGACCACUCCAUGUUCAGCUAGGAAAAUGUUCAUUCACCACUGCACUUUCAUCCUUGGGAAAGCCUUGCCUGUUUAAUUUCUGCCUGCCAUGUAGCUGUACAGGAGCUCUACCAGAACAGAAAAGCUCAGCCCCUGGAGACUGUGGAAGGGGCAACAUUUCAGUAGUUCAGCCCACGAGACUCUUGAGGGCUUGGUAUGGUUGGGAUGUCUCUUUAAUUCACAAAAGACUUCUCCGUGCAGUUGCUUAGCACACAUUAGAGAGCUGGAGCAGUGCAAAACCGUUGUUAAAAGCAAGUGGUGGGCUCUGUGCUCCAGCUGUGUCUUCCACUUCGGAUGCUGGUUUUUACUGGAUCACAACUGCCUGGUCUGCAGCCAUUAGCAGGUGGUGCCUGCAAGCGGAGAAAACGUCAGCUGUGGCUGUCUGCAGAGCAAGCGAAAAAGACCAACCUGGGGUCCUUCUCCCCUAAUCAGGUGCCACUCCUAAUGAUCAACUACUGAAGUAGUCAUUCCAUAAUGAGCACCACUAGCACAAACCCUCCUUGGUUUGGGGGCUGAAAUGUUGGACGUAGCCAACAGAAGUUGGAUUGAAUGUUCGUUAUGCCUAUUUAAUCUGUUCAGGAAAGCAUUUGAAAGCAGAAUUUGCCUUUAUAGAAAGCCAUAUUCAUGUUGAUGUACUUGACUGCAGACCUUUCCUUGUGAAUCCUAACGCGAUAGUCCAAUGGCAUUCUUGCCUGUUGAUUUCGGCACCCUGUGUUGUGUAUCGCUGGCAUUCAGCAGGAUACAGUAUUUGUUUCAUUGUGUCUCCCAUGGUCUCUUCUUAGAAUAGUACAGGCUGUGUUGCCAUGGUGCAAGCCACUAAGAAUUGUUCAUGUUCAGUUUCCAAAUGUUGCCUAGCAAACGGCACCCCUAGAGAGAACAGGUCAUUGCAUCAAAUGAAAGCUCAACUACAUAUUAUGACUCUAAAAAAAAUUGCAAAUGCAAUCUCCAUGAUGGUUUUAUCAAGGACUAGAAGGUGUAGGAAAACUUCUAACACUUUCCUCCCCUGCUAUUUUCUCACUGGAGACCCCCCCCACCUUUUUAUACCCCCCACUGCAGGGGUGCGGGGGAAUGCAGGUACCUGUUAAGCUUCCCCAGUGGGGGGGAAAGAAGAUUGAAGGUGGCUUUUUCUGGCCGAGUUCCUCUGCUGGGAUGCAGGGAGGGGUGGGGGGAAGCAUUGAUGGACCAGGGGACGGGAGGACCCAUGGGGAGGGAGGUUUACAUUCCCCUGGCGGAACGAUGCGUCCCCGUCCCCCCCAUGAAAAGAGAGGAAAAGUUAGUUUCCCUGCUCCUUUUUCUUGGUAAAGCCAUCUUGGAGGAUGUAUUUACAAAUGGAAAAAAAUCCUGAACAUGUAGCUGAACCCUAAAUGUCUUUGCAAUCUCAGAGCUGGCCCCUGCCACCCAAGGCAGCCGUGCCAUGUGCUCUGGUGAAUGCACAGCCACAAGGUUACAACCCAGAACCUUUGGCAACCAUAUAAGAGGUCAUAAGGUACACCUCUUCAGUGGUGCCUCGAUUUGUUGGAUUCCAUACAAUAAAAGUCCACUCCAAGUUGUUUCAGCCAGGCCUGCCUUUUGUGUCCCAGAAAGGUUUGGAAUUACAUUAAAUGGCCAAGCAGUCCAAUAUUUCAACCCUAAAUGCAUUGAUCAGGCCAGUGGAAAGAAAUGCCAUUCUGUAAUUUUUCUGCUUUGCAGACUUUCUCAGGUUUCUCUCAAAAAGAGGAUGAGGGAUGGAUGUUUAAAAAAUUGCAAAAAAAAAAAAGUGUUUUUGUUAAGUUGACACAUUUUUGGAUUUGCUGGCCAGGUUCCUUGAUGGGGGAGGCCAAACAUUCAGUCUGGUGAAGCUUUUCCCAUCACUCCAUUUCCAUUCUGGAAAAAGGUUCAGCCACUGAAGUUCUGGCCACGCACUAAUUAAAGCCCCAGGAGAACUUCCAGGGAAAAAGAGACGGAAAGAAACGCUGUGCCCCGGAACAGAGAGUGAUACUUGGCAAAGAGUGUGCCCCGUGUGAGCAUUAAGGCAAACUCUUCUAGGUGUUAUGAAGGUUUCGUAUGAGGGAGGGACUGUCAUCCUCUUUUUCAUUGUAACUGUUGAUGUAUAUACUGUGUGCACAUGAAGUUAUGUUCCUUUUUCUAAUAAAGCAAAA